CCAUCCAGGCCCAGGGCGCACGGAGGGACCCUGGACAGCGCCACAGACUGAGCGAGAAGCCCAAAGGAAUGUUUCCGCAGAUUGCAACACCACAACCCGUGACUUGCUAAUGGAAACUGGAGUGACCCCGGCUUGGUGUCCAGUUUACCUUCCGCUUUGAGCAUGAGCAUGCGUCGGAAAGAUUAUCCGAGAGGAGCGAAGAACGUCUCAAGAAGCAUGGAAGGAUCCUUGUGUUUCCUCUUUUUGUUGCUCUCCUUCCUCGGAUGCAAAAGCUUGCGCUUCACCAGACCUGAGCAAAUCCAUCUUUCUUACCCAGGAGACCCCAACUCCAUGACGGUCACUUGGACAACCUUUGAUCCCGCGCCAUCCAUUGUCCUCUUUGGCCAGGACCCGGGAGAGACCUUCAGUCAUGUGGCCAAAGGAAAUGCCACGCGCUUUGUGGACGGAGGGAAGUUAGGGCGCACCAUGUUCAUCCACAGAGUCACCCUCCGUAACCUGGUGCCAGGACAACGCUAUGUUUACCGUUGUGGAAGCGAACUUGGCUGGAGCAGAAACUACGUCUUCCAGGCCUUGCUGAACUCUACUGCCUGGAGUCCUCGCUUUGCCGUUUUUGGGGAUCUGGGCCUCUUGAACCCUCAAUCCUUGCCUCGGUUGCAGCGGGAGACAGAAAUGGGACUCUAUGACGUGGUUCUGCACGUGGGGGAUUUUGCCUACGACUUCGAUACGAAUAAUGCGCUUUUUGGAGAUGCCUUCAUGAGGAAAAUUGAACCCGUGGCAGCAUCGGUGCCUUAUAUGACUUGUCCAGGGAACCACGAGGAGAAAUAUAACUUCUCCAACUAUCGCUUUCGCUUCAGCAUGCCUGGGAAUACAGAGAGCCUCUGGUACAGCUGGGACAUCGGUCCUGCUCAUAUCGUCUCCUUCUCCACCGAGGUUUACUUCUAUUUGGACUACGGCCGGGAGCUUGUGGCCAAGCAGUUUCAAUGGCUGGAGCGAGACCUACGGGAGGCACAUAAACCGGAGCGGCGGAAGGAGCGCCCUUGGAUCAUCACCAUGGGGCACCGGCCCAUGUACUGCUCCAACAACGAUCGGGACGACUGCACAAAGCACGAAAGCAUUGUCCGCUGUGGGCUUGACUCCCACCAGUAUGGCUUGGAGGAUUUAUUCUACAAAUACGGAGUCGACCUGGAAUUAUGGGCCCACGAACACUCCUAUGAGAGGCUCUGGCCGCUCUACAACUACAAGGUCUAUAAUGGCAGCAUCGAGGCUCCAUAUACCAACCCUGGGGCUCCUGUUCAUAUCAUCACGGGAUCGGCCGGUUGCCAAGAACGCCUCGAUCCCUUUGUCCCCGAACCGAGGAACUGGAGCGCCGUGCGGAUCGAGGACUACGGCUUCACUCGAAUGCAGAUCCUGAACCGGACCCACCUUUGGCUGGAGCAAGUGUCCGACGACAAGGAUGGGAAGGUCGUAGAUGGGAUCUGGCUCAUCAAAGAGCGGCACGGCCCCGAAGCAUGGCACACCCAAAAAUGACCCAUUCCUGGGCCCGGAAUUUCCGCCUAUUGAUAUCCACUGCAAGAGAUGGCAAGAGAAGAGAUCCCACCAAAAUAUUCACAAGAACUUCUUUCCUGUAUUAAGCCGUUUGAUAGAGGAAUGCGCUACCUCAAGGGGUCAUGGACUCUCUUCUACCCCCUCCUUUCAGAGGCUUACAAACUGAAUUUGGAUGGCUAUCUGUUGGGAGAGCUUGGAUUGUAUUUGGCAAAAAAAGCUGACCUUUGGGGGUCCCUUCGAACCAUAUAAUUCUAUGUUGAUUUAAGACAGGCCUGCUGUGGCAAUUGUGCAUUUCCAAAGUUUACAUUGCACACCAAAGUACUGCUGUAAGUAUACCUUGACUCAACGCUAUGGAAUCCUGGGAGUUGUAGUUUGGUAAGGCCCUAGCAUUCUUUGUCAGAGAACGGUGAAAAGACAUACAGUGCAUAUUCUACAACGUAUAAUGAAUGUAUUAUGACCACACUUUGUUCAAUGCUAUGGAUUCCUGGGAGUUGUAGUUUUACUAAGCCCUCAUACUUCUCUGCUAAAGAGUGCUAUGGAUUCCUGGGAGUUGUAGUUUUACUAAGUACCGACUGUCUCUACUAAAGAAUUCUAUGGAUUCCCAGGAACUGUAGUUUUACUGAGUCCCGAGCUGUCUCUGCUAAAGAAUUCUAUGGAUUCCAGGGAAUUGUAGUUUUACUAAGUCCCGAGCCGUCUCUGCUAAAGAGUGCCAUGGCUUCCUGGGAGUUGUAGUUUUACUGAGUCCCGAGCUGUCUCUGCUAAAGAAUUCUAUGGAUUCCAGGGAAUUGUAGUUUUACUAAGUCCCGAGCCGUCUCUACUAAAGAAUUCUAUGGAUUCCAGGGAAUUGUAAUUUUACUGAGUCCCGAGCUGUCUCUGCUAAAGAAUUCUAUGGAUUCCAGGGAAUUGUAGUUUUACUAAGUCCCGAGCCGUCUUUGCUAAAGAGUGCCAUGGCUUCCUGGGAGUUGUAGUUUUUCUAAGUCCUGAUCCUUCUCUGCUAAAAAGUGCUGUGGAUUCCUGGGAGUUGUAGUUUUACUAAGUACCGACUGUCUCUACUAAAGAUGGCUAUUGAUUCCCGGGAACUGUAGUUUUACUGAGUCCCGAGCUGUCUCUGUUAAAGAAUUCUAUGGAUCCCAGGGAAUUGUAGUUUUACUAAGUCCUGAGCCGUCUCUGCUAAAGAGUGCCAUGGCUUCCCGGGAGUUGUAGUUUUACUAAGUCCCAAGGCUUUUCUGACAGAGUUCUAUGGAAUUCUGGGAGUUGUAGUUUUACUAAAUCCUGAGACUUAUCUGUCACAAAAGUCCUGGUGCCUCCACAAACGUCAACUCCUAGUAUUCUAUAGCACUGUGCUACGAUAGUUAAAACGGUGUCAAACUGCAUUUAUUCUGCAGUGCAGAUGCACCCUUUGUUGGUAAAACUGCUGUAAAGAAUGUGAUAAAAACUGUGAUAAAAGCAUGACAUUUUCUCAUUGGAUCCUGCUUUAAAUCUUAUCCAGUGAUCAACCAGAUCAAGGGUGAAUCAUGUCGCCUUCCUGCCAGGGGAAAUCCUUUGUUCUGAGGUAUUAGCUGCCCCUGAUUGAUUCUUGUCUGCAAUUCCCCUGUUUUCAGAGUGUUGUUCUUUAUUUACUGUUCUGAUUUUAGAGUCUUUUUAAUACUGGUAGCCAGAUUUUGUUCAUUUUCAUGGUUCUUUCUGUUGAAAUUGUCCACGUUUGUGGACAAUUUCAGAACUCCAAGAUCUCAUCCAUAUAUAUUAAAAUGUAAUGUUUGUUAGUGGGUGGAACAUAACUAAAAAACCACUGGACAAACAGUAUGGAGGAAUUGGGGGUAUUUCAACAAUAUAAAACACAGAGGAUUUUUCAAAUUUG